CGCCUCCCCACGUUUCAUCGCCCCCCAUCCAUAGCCAAGUACAGUACUCGAGUGCACGCUGUCUGCAUCCGCCAUUUGAUGCGCCUCGCCGCCGCCGGCCAUGGCCUCCGCCGUCGCUAGCAACGUGCACGCCGGACCCGCCGCGGCUGGGUCCAUGUCCUUCGGCUGGCUCGGCCCGCCGCGCCUGUCCUUCGGCGCCCGCGACGCCGCCGCGUUGGCCGCUGUCGCGGAGGUGGUGGAGGAGCCCGCCGCCGUGACGGCGUCCAAGGCGGAGCCGCCGGCGAUCUCCAAGGACUUCAUCGACUUCGAGUUCAGCCUCGGCGGGUCCGCCACCAUGCUCCCCGCGGACGAGCUCUUCGCCGACGGGAAGCUGCUUCCGCUCCGGCCGCAAGCUGCCGCCGGGAAGAUGGCGGCCACGGAGGCCGAGCGAGAGCAGCAGCGGGAGCGGCGCGACACCGCGCUGGUCGCGGACGCGACACCCUCGCCGGAGCCUGUCAGGGCGAUGCACCCGGCGGCCGCCGAGGCGGCGCUCGACCCGUACGUGUUCUCGCCCAAGGCGCCGACGUGCUCCAGCCGGUGGCGGGAGCUGCUCCGGCUCAGGAAGGUCCAGACGCCGCAGAAGCCGUCCCCGUCCGCGUCCGCAUCGCCGUCGGCUUCCCCUGCGGCGAUGGCGUCUACCCCGUCAAGGGCGUCCAGCUCGGCGGCCAGGUCGCUGAAGAUCCUCCUCCUCCAGCGGAACGGCGGCCGCUCGUCGUCGGACCUCUCCGCGGCGCCUCUCCUCCGCGAUAGCUCCGACUCGGAGACGUCCCUCUCCCUCGCGUCCUCCCGCUUCUCGCUCUCGUCGUCGUCGUCCUCGUCCGGCCACGACCACGACGAUUUCCCGCGGCACUCCCUCGACUCCAUCGACCCCACUCCACGUCCUCGCAUUCGCCUAGUCCGCUCCAACCCCCACGCGCCGCAGCCGCAGCCGCAACCAUACGCACACCCACCCGUUGCCGCUUCCGCAUCUGCCCCCACUCCCGCUCCCACGCGCGCCGCGCAUAGUCCCGCUCGCCGCCGCCCGUCUCCGUCGCCCCCGCCGCCGCCAAGCGUGGUCUCUGUCGACUCCCCGCGCAUGAACGCGUCAGGCAAGAUCGUGUUCCAGGGCCUGGAACGCAGCUCCAGCUCCCCCGCCGGCAGCGUGCACUCGUCCAUGCGGUCACGGUCCCGCGUGAUGGACCGAUCCUAUUCCGCCGGCGUCCGCGCCACGCCUGUCGUGCUCAACGUCCCGGUGUGCUCGCGGCCGGUGUUCGGGUUCUUCAAGGACAAGAAGGACGCCGCAGCCAAGGACGCAGCCUCCGCGCGGGCGCGGUCGGCGCUGGGCCGGAGGACAACGACUGGCGGCAGUACCAUCCCGGCGGCCGCCGGCAGGGAUCUUGGCAAUGGUAACUGACACCGUUCGUUUUGGUUGACUAAGCGCUAGUUGUAUCAUUAGUACUAGCUAGUAGACGACGACAUUAGCUAGUGGUUCUUCGAUCCGACAAGAAAAUAGAUCAAAAAAGAGUUUGAGAAGUUUGGGUUUGGGGUUGAAGAGAGAUUAGUUUGGGAUCUCAUCUGGAGUGGAGAAGAGACACAAUUGGGAGGAUAGUUUGGUGAGCUGAUUUUGCUUUGUGAGGCUAGAGUUUUGCGAGCAAUUGAUUAACACCCUGUCGGUUUUGCUCCUGUAAAUUCUGUCCGCCUGCCCUGUGGUUUUUUUUUUGCUACCCUUCCUGUUUGAUGAUCCUUUGUAAUUCACUGUACUAGCACAUUUGUUGAUCUCAUGCUCCAGACUGAGGGAAAAAAAGGAAAAAGCUUUUGUGCA